AUGGAUUGGAAAUUUAAAAGCGAAUCAUCAGUUUUCGAACUUUCAAAAUAUAUUGAAACCCAAGAUUUAGAAAGUAUAUUGAACUAUGAAUGUUUAUUACACGAAAUAAAAUCUGAAAAUUAUGAAUUAAUUAAUUAUAUAGUUAAAGAUGAUAAUUUAAAAAAAAUUAUAAGUUAUAUAAUUGACGAAUUUUAUGAUAAAAAUAACUAUGAUAGAUAUUAUCGAUUUCCAUAUAAAUGCCAUCAAAUUAUUAGUUCUGAAAAUAAACUAAUCACUGAUUCUAUAGUAUAUAAUAAUAAUUUAAUGAAAUAUUUUUGGAGUUUUAUUUUGAAUAAAAAUCAAUUAAAUGAAGUUUUGGCGGGAUAUUUUAGUCGGUGUGCAAUAGCAAUAUAUAAUAAAAAUUCUAAAGAAGUUGUAAAUUUUUUAAAAAAAAAAAAAGAAUUAUAUUUAAAAGGAUUUCUAUAUCAUUUUUAUUCUAGAAAUAUAACUGAAUUAUUUAAAGUAUUGUUAUUUGUUAAAAUACCAUAUUUAACUAUAUUUGAAAAUAAAAAUAUUAUAUAUCUUAUUUUAAGUAAUUUAAAUGGAAAUUUUUCAGAUAAUGAAUAUAUUAUUUCAGACAGAGAGGAUAACAUAGCAUGUCUUAUAAGGGAUUUAUUUGUUAGGAAAACAGAAAUAUAUUAUUUUAACUAUUUUAUAAUUGAUUUAUCAUCACAAAUUUCAUUUUUGUAUUUAAUAAAAUGUGUUUUUUCGGAAUGUCCAUACACAGUUUCAGCCGCUAUAACGAUAAUAUCAGAUUUACUUCAUUAUACAGUGCUCGCAAAAUCAUAUAAUCAAAUUGAUUUUUAUGAAUGUUUAGAUAUAUAUAAUAAAGAAGAAGAAGCUAAAAAAAAAGAAGAAUUAAAAGAAUUUGAAAUUUUACAAAAAAAAAAAGAAACAAAAAAAAAAAAAAAAAAAAGAAAAUCUAUCAAAUUAUUAGAAGAAAAUAUAUUUGUUUCUAAAACGCAUCUUAUUUCUAAUCAAGGUUAUCAAACUAUUGUAGAAGAUAAUUUAUUUUUACAAAACUCAAACAUAGAUGCAAAUUCUGAUUUUGCAACUAUUGAAACUGUACAAAAUGAAUAUGAAGAAAAGGAGGAAAAUGAAGAAAAAGAGGAAAAUGAAGAAAAAUGCGAAAGAGUUAAACGUGAAAUUGAAAAAAUAGAAAUCGAACAAAGCAAUGAUAUAAAUAAAGAUACACAAUUAAAUCAUAUUAGUAAAAAAAUAAAAGAAGAAAAAAAUAUACCAAUUCAAACAAUAUGUAAUGGAGAUAUAAAUGAAACCUUGGUUACAUCAGAACUUUCAAAUCAAAAUAUAUUAGCAGAUGGUUUUGAAAAUCCUAAUAAUUUGAUAUAUACAGAUAUAACAAUUGAAAAAAAUAUAAAUUUUAAUGAUAAUGUUGAUAAUAAUCAAACUAUAAAUUAUAAUGAUAUAAAAAAUGAAAGAUGUAAUAGUGAUGGUUUUUCUUUUGCUUCAGAUUUUUCUUCGGAUUAUUCUACAAAUGAUGAUAACAUAGAACAUUUAAAAAAAAUAAAAUUUGAAGAUGUCCUAAAUAAAAUGAAAAAUAUUGCUACAAUUAAAAAAGUUUCGCAAUAUCAAUCUGAAUAUAAAUUAAAUAAAGAAGUAGAAGUUUUAUCAUGGAAUUCAAUUUCCCAAAAUGAUAACAUUCCUCAAUUAAAUCACCAAAAUGUCCAAAAUUUACAAAAUGAAUUUAUUUGCUCCGACAUAACUAAUAAUACAAACAACAUAUAUAAUGAAAUGACUGUAGAAGCAAAUAAAAUGGAAAUGGUAGAUAUCGAAACGGGACAUGAAUUUAUUCAAAACGAUCAAGAUAAUAACAGUUUGCAAAAUAAUAAUUCUAAUAAUAUUAAAACAACAUUUAAUAUAUUUCAAAAAGAAGAAAGAGAGCCAACAAUAACUUUAGAAAAAUGGGUAGAAUAUUUAGAAAACACAUUAUUUAUAGAUAUAUGCUUUUUAGGAUAUAUAAAGGAUAUUAUGAAUAUAUAUAUAAAAAAUAUAAAAAAAAAUAAAGAUAAAAAUAUUUUAGGAUUUACAACUUUAGAAAUUAUACAAUUAAUAAAAACAUUAAUUAAAACAAAAUCAAAAAAUAUAUUAACUGAAAUAAUUGAUGAAGGAUUUUUUGAUAUAUCUAUUGAUAUAUUUUUUAAAUUUAAAUGGAAUAACUUAUUACAUAUAUCUGUUUGUGAUCUUUUACAAACUAUAAUAUUUAAAGAAAAUGAAUAUUCUUAUGUUCUAUAUUAUAUUUUAGCUUUAACUACAUUUCUUCCAAAAUGUUUGCGAUAUUUUGAUGUUGUUAGGCGAUGUCGAAAUAUAAAAAAAAAAAAAAAAAAAAAAAAAUUAGAAGCCUUAAUCGAUUGUGGUUAUAAAGCACAUCUUCUUCAUAUUUGUCAAAUAUUAAGCAACAAAUCUUUAGAAAUUAAAUGGUUAUCAAAUUUUUUAGUUACUGUUUCGGGAUGGAAUGAUAUAAUUAUUGAAGAAUUAAAUCAUUAUUCUUUAUAUUUUAAUGAUUCCAAUUAUAUUAAUGAUAAAAAAAUUGAAGAUACAAACCAAACACAAUUACUACAAAAUAAUAAUCAGAAUAUUUCUCAAAUCACCGAUUUUAACAAAAUCCAAAAUUCAGAAAAUAAUAAUUUACUAAUUCAUCCCCAAAACGUUCAAAUCUCAAAAGAUAUUGAAAAUCCUCAAAUUUCAUCAGAAAUCUUAGACAAUCCCCUUACUCCAAAUGAUCAAAAUAAUCAAAAUGAUCAAAAUAAUCAAAAUGAUCAAAAUAGUCAAAAUGAUCAAAAUAGUCAAAAUGAUCAAAAUAGUCAAAAUGAUCAAAAUAGUCAAAAUGAUCAAAAUAGUCAAAAUGAUCAAAAUAGUCAAAAUGAUCAAAAUAAUCAAAAUUCUAGUGAUAUAAAUUUUAGUAACUAUUCUAAUGCUAUAGAUAUUUUAUUUGAUGAAAAUAAAAAUGUAUAUUCUAAAUAUGAAGAUGAAUUUCAAGAUAAUAAAAAUUCUUUCAAUUUUGAAAAUUAUAAUCAGUUUACUAGUAUUGAUAAUACUCAGAAUAAUAACACAAAUUUUGCGGACAAUAAAAAUAAUUAUUUGUAUGAAGAUAACGCAAAUGAACAAAAUAAUUAG